AUGGAGGAUUCUGAUGAAGAAAUCUUUGAUGUAGCCAUCACCUCCUUCUCUGAUGCAGAGUUUGAUGCAGUUGUUGGGAGUCUGGAGGAUAUCAUAAUGGAUGAUGAUUUCCAGCUAAUGCAGAGGACUUUUAUGGAGAAGCACUACCAGGCGUUUGACGACUCGGAAGAAAACAAGCUCAUCUAUACUUGUAUUUUUAAUGAAUAUAUCCAUUUAGUAGAGAAAUACAUAGAAGAAAAGUUGCUUGAACGGAUUCCUGGUUUCAAUAUGACUGCUUUCAUAAUGUCACUGCAACAGCACAAAGAUGAAAUUGCAGGUGACAUAUUUGAUAUGCUUCUCACAUUUAUCGACUUUCUGGCUUUCAAAGAAAUGUUUCUGGAUUACAGAGCUGAAAAGGAAGGCCGAAGUGUGGAUUUAAGCAGUGGGCUAGUGGUGACUUCACUAAACAAAUCAUCAAUGUCCUCCUCCUAG